GUCAUUUUGGAGCGAAAGUUUUCGAAAGGACAUGGAGGACAUGACGUGUGAAGUGUGCUAGUUAAAAUGACCUGACAAAUCCUGUAUAUGUUUUGAAGACAUUCUUCAAAUAGCGACAUAUCAAGCUGCUGUAAAAUGGAAGGACUGGAGAUGUCUGCGAUGAUACCGGCUCUUCAGGAGCUCGGAAGUGCCAGCGCGGCUGACUACGACCAGACGGUGCAGAAACCUCGACAGAUCCUCUGUCAGUUCAUUGACAGGAUACUGACAGAUGUGGAUGUCGUUGCUCUAGGGCUGAAUAAGAAGUCCAGUUCAGAGCCGGCCUGUGUGAUGCUGCUGGACUUUGUGCAGCAUAUAAUCAAAUCCUCAUCUCUGAUGUUUGCCAACCCUGCCUGCCAGCCUGCCGAGUACCCGGACACCACACAGAGCUGUACUGACUUUGCUAGGUGGGUGGCGGUGCGUUUGCUUCGUGUGGCAGCAGCUCCAGACUGUGACGUCAUCCACGAGCAGGUCUCUGCUGUGUUGUGCUCUUUACUUCACACUCUGAGAGCCAGGGCGCCAUUCAUCUUCAGCCGUCUCUCUCAGGAGCUCAUUUUUUUGGCCCAGGACCUCAGUAACAUCCUGUACACUCAUAUUGCCACACUGGCGGGAAAGGGACACACUUUGGGCAUUCACACACAGAGUCGAUGGCCUGUAACAAUUGAACGCUUCAGCAUCUCCCCCGUUUGCGCCUCCUCGUACCUCACCCCCUCCGCUCUUGUUCUCUCCUCGCCUGCUGCCCUGGAGUCACUGACUGCCGUAACAAUCAGUGUCAUAACUGACGCCCUGAGGGGGGUUGUCUCUCGUCGUGACGUCACUGUGGCCUGGGAGACUGCUUGUUCCUUCCUGGCUAAUGGCAACACCAAACUGAGGACAAUCUCCAUGGUGAUGCUGAGGCGACUGGUGGAGCUCAGAGGGUUUCCUGAGAUGCAGGGUCACGAGUUCUUCACGGCUUACCUUCAGUUGCUGGAAACACACUCUUACACAGCAAACACAUACUUGGAUGAGAAACAUCCCUAUGAAGGGGAGCUGCUAAACCUGACUUGCUGUGUGUUUCAGUUGUCUGGUUUCUCUCACUCACACUUUGAGCCCAUCUAUCUCUCGCAGAUGUUCGAGUGUGUUUGUACUCUUGGAAGUGCAGGUGUCAAGUUGGGGACAGAGGUUACCGAAUCACUCUGCUUGCUGUUCAGCUUCUUGCUGUCUGUUGCCAUAGUUUAUGAAAGUGCCGCAUUGUUAAGAAGGCAACGAGUCACAGAGGUCUGCAGGGCGCUGGCACACACUGUUGGAACAGAAAAUCAAGCUGAAUGUGCUGAGGGGUUUCUUCGAGCCGCACUGAGGGCCGAGACUGCUACAGUGAUGCAGAAGUCAGGAGAUAGAGCGACUGCUGCCAAGAAAUCCUGCAAGUCUGCCACCAAUUCACUCAGCAAAACAACAAAAAAAUCAUCAGAUGAGGUGGACAUGCGUGUUUGCAGUGAGGUUUGGGCUGUGGUGAACGGUCGGCUGGAGGAGCUGCUGACCUUUUUGAACUCUGACAAACCUGAAACCACACAGUCUCUGUCUGCUCUGGAGGGUCUGGCGCUCAUCCUCCACCUGGCAGCCCUCUGCUCCUCUCCCACCAGCCCUUCUCCUCUUCUCUGGGUGCCCACUGAGACUCUGGGCAGGGCCCUGAAGAGCUGUCAGUCAGUGUUAGAAGGAGGUCCUCAGCCCAUCUCAAACCAGAACUACUUUCUGUCUGCUGUCCAGACUACUGUUGGGAUCCUGGACUCCAUCCUCUACCUGACAAUGAGCAGCCACAGUGAGGACGGGCUCCAGCGGCGAGUGUGUGCUCUGCUGUCUCUUCCCUGGGUGUGUGAGAACAGGUCUGUCUCAGCCUAUAAGAGUUCAGGAUUCCCCUCCUGGCUGCCUGCCUUCGCCAACAGACUCAGCUUCUGUUACUCACCUAAGAUCCAGGCAGACUGUGUGUCCCUGCUGGCCCUUCUGCGUCGUGGUGUGUGCGAGACAUGGCGCGUGUUUGUGUUUUCCAAGACGUUGCAGAGUUCAGAUGAGGUGGUGAGAGCGGCAGCAGUCAGGGCCUUCCCUCUUUUUCUUCACCACUUGGGAAAUGCACACCACAACCUCAUCAGCUCUACUCUGCUUUCCAGGCUGGAGGACAGUUCGGAGCAGGUGAAGAAAGAGCUUGCUGGGAUCAUCGGUCAGCUGAGCUGUAUCCAAUCGGAGCUCUCCAAGCUCAGUGACACCCGCACAGAGUCCACUCAUCGUCCUGAGAUCCUCUGCCACCAACUAAACCUUGCAACAGAGCAUGCUGGGAAGACUUUUCCAUCCCUUAGGGCGACUUUUAUCAAACCCUUCCUACCACUGCUCAGACAGCAAGCUCCAAGCAGUGUUAAACAAGCUUUCCUAGAAGCUCUGCCUCACCUCUGCCAGCAUGUGAAUCUGGUUGGUGGAGACAGUGACUCCCGGGCAGUUCUCUAUGCUCUGAUUGGUUUAAUGGAAGACUCUGAUCCAAUGGUCAGAAUACGCUUUAGCCAAUCAGUGCGUUUCCUGCUAACAGAAACUACCAGAAACUCUGAGCACGGCUCUCUGAAUGAGCUCCUGGUUGCCCGUCUCAAAGAGGCAUUCAACAACGCUAAACUGAACACAGAUGACGACCUGCGCAACACUCUCAUCCUCACCACUGGAGAGAUUGGCAGAGCGUCUCAGGGUAGUUUGGUGUCGUUCUCUCUGCUGCGGCUGCUCCACUGUCUGCUGUCCAAGUCGUCCUUGGUGUCUGUAGCUGCGUACACUCAGAUCAGAGCCCUGGCUACUGCCAAAGGUCUUAAACUUCAGACCCUCUUCAGUCAGUACAAGAACCCUAUUUGUCAGUUCCUGGUGGAGUCACUGCAUUCACGGCAUGCAUCCGCCCUGCGGAGCACACCUGAUCAGGGCAGCGAAUCAGCCAAUCAGAGAGAGCUGGCCCUGGACAUCCUGGCUCAGAUUGCACACGCUUUUGAUUUCCCAGAUCUCCAUCGCUUCCUCACUAGGACCCUCCAGGUGCUCCUGCCCUACCUGGCGGCUAAGGCGAGCUCUACUGGCUCCGCCCUCAUCCGUACUCUGGCCAAUGAGCUGAAGGCAAACAGGAGAGAGAUCCUGAUCAACAACUUCAAGUACAUCUUCAGCCAUCUGGUCUGUUCCUGCACCAAGGAGGAGCUUGAGAGGGCUUUCCACUACCUACAGAGUGAGACAGAGAUUGAACUGGGCUCUCUGCUCAGGCAAGACUUCCAGGGUCUUCACAACGAGCUGCUGCUGCGCCUGGGAGAGCACUACCAACAGGUAUUCAAUGGUCUGGCAAUCCUGGCUUCCUUUGCGUCCAAUGAUGACCCAUACCAGGGUCCCCGAGACAUCAACACCCCAGAACGCAUGGCGGACUAUCUGCAGCCGAAACUGCUGGGAAUUCUUGCCUUCUUCAACAUGCAGCUGCUCAGCUCCAGCGCAGGAGAGAAGGACCGCAAGAAGUUGGCAUUGACAAGUGUGAUGGCUCUAAUGCGACUGAUGGGCUCCAAACACAUCAGCUCUGUCAGAGUAAAGAUGAUGACAACUCUUCGCACGGGCCUCCGAUACAGAGAGGACUUCCCUCUACUCUGCUGCCAAACAUGGGACUGUUUUGUGAGGAGCGUGGAGCCGGCGCACUUAGGCCCUCUUCUAAGUCAUGUUAUUGUUGCACUGCUCCCCCUGAUCCCACUGCAGCCCAAAGAAACAGCUGCUAUUAUCCACUUCCUGAUACUGGACAACAGAGAAGAAGUCAAUGACUACCUCCAUGAGAUUUACUUUCUGCCAGACCACCCUGAGCUGAAAGACAUCCACACAGUUCUGCAGGACUACAAGAAGCUGACAGCCAGCAGCAGUGACCUGGCCGCAGCACUGCAGCUCUCCAUGAGAGCCGUUCAGCAUGAAAACGUAGAUGUCAGGAUUCACGCAUUGACCAGCCUCAAGGACAUGAUGCACAGCAAGCAGGAAUGGCUGCUGCGGCAGGUUUGCGCGAGUGAGGCGGUGGAGCCCGUCAUCUCCAGCCUGGUGUCGGUGCUGCUGAAGGGCUGCCAGGACUCGUCCCCAGAGGCGAGGCUCCUCUGUGGCGAGUGUCUGGGGGAGCUGGGGGCCGUGGAUCCUGGACGUCUGGACUUGUCGCACACACACACCCAUGGCGACCACAACACCUUUGUGAGUGGAGUUGAUGAUCCCAACUUCGCCUACGACCUGCUGACUGAACUGACCAGAACAUUCCUGGCUUACGCUGAUGACGUGAGGGCACAGGACUCUGCUGCUUAUGCAAUUCAGGAGCUGCUGUCCAUAUUUGAGUGUCGUGAGGGUCGAACCGACUCGCCAGGGCGGCGCCUGUGGAGGAGAUUCCCAGAGCAGAUCCAGGAAAUACUGGAACCACACCUCAACAGCAGGUAUAAGAGCAGUCAGAAGGAUGUUAACUGGUCUAAACUGAAGAAGCCGGUGUACUUGAGUAAGAGAGGUAGCAAAUUCUCUGAUUGGUCAGCCACCUGGGCCGGAUACCUCAUCAGCAAGGUGAGACAUGAGCUGGCCAGCCGAGUGUUCACCUGCUGCAGUUUCAUCAUCAAACACGACUACAAGGUCACUAUCUACCUGCUGCCUCAUAUUCUGCUCUACAUGCUGCUGGGCUGCACACCUGCAGAGCAACAGGAGGUAACGGAGGAAAUGAUGGCCGUGCUGACUGAAGGCGAUGGACGAGGAGAGGGGGGUUGUCAGGAGACUGCUUCCAGCUUAUCACAGCUCAGUAUUCAGACAGUGUUCAGCAUGUUGUCUCACCUCACACAGUGGAGCCGCCACAUCCUCUACUCCAAACCCAAACACAACGAGAGUGGGGAGUAUCAGCGUGUGGUGGCCUUCCUGAAGGGUAUUCCACAGGACGUUCUGGCAAAAGCCUCGCUACGAUCGAAAGCGUACACUCGUGCACUCAUGCACUUUGAAGCAUACAUCUUGGAAAACAAAGAGAACAUCCUGGACCAUCUCACCUUUCUGCAGACACUGUACGCUGCGAUGCAUGAGCCUGAUGGAGUGAGGGGGGUCAAUGCCCUGAGGAGGGAGGAGCCAUCACUACGGGAACAGAUACUGGAGCAUGAGAGCAUUGGCCUGCUCCGAGACGCAACUGCCUGCUAUGACCGGGCCAUACAGCUGGAGUCAGACCAGAUUGGUCACUAUCAUGGGGUGAUGACCUCUAUGCUCGGCCUGGGACAGCUGUCAACAGUCAUCACUCAGGUCAAUGGAGUACUGGCAAACAAGCACCAGUGGAAGUCGGAGCUGAACACCUACAGGGUGGAGGCAGCAUGGAAACUCGGAAAAUGGGACCUGCUGGAAGAUUAUUUGAGUUCAGACCGUCAGUCCAGUACCUGGGGUGUGCGGCUUGGCCAGUUACUGCUGUCAGCUAAGAAGCAAGACUCUGAGGCUUUCUAUGAGAAGCUGAAGCUGGUGAGGAAGGAACAGGUUGUCCCUCUGUCUGCAGCCAGUUAUGAGUGUGGAACCUACCAGAGAGGCUAUGAGUACAUCGUCAGGCUCCACAUGCUCAGCGAGUUGGAGCACUCUUUUACCGAACUGCAGAAACAGAGGGAAUGCUCGGCCCCCAGCCUCAGCCAGCUGCCUCCUCAUUGGUCAGAUCGAUUGGAGAUGACCCAGAAUUCCUUUAGGGCCAAGGAGCCAAUCCUGGCCCUCCGUCGUGCCUUGUUAAGCCUGGGACCCCAUCCUGGCCACGUCACAAAUCAGGCCUUCCGUGUGCUCUGCAGGCCUAUGAGCAAGGAGCUGGUAGGGGAGUGCUGGCUGCAAAGUGCCCGGGUAGCCAGAAAAGCAGGACACCACCAGACCGCCUUUAAUGCACUUCUGAAUGCUGAGAACACGCACCUGGCCGAGCUGGUUACAGAGAAGGCCAAGUGGCUUUUUUCCAAGGGCGAUGUACACCAGGCCCUGAUCGUCCUGCAGAAGGGCGUGGCCCAGUGUUUCCCUGAUGAUCAGCCGCUGACAGACCCUCGCAUCCUGCAGACCAAAGGGAAGGCCAUGCUGCUGGUGGGACGCUUCAUGGAGGAGACGGCCAACUUCGAGUCAAAUGCCAUCAUGAAGGCAUACAAGGAUGUCACCAACCUUCUGCCUGAGUGGGAAGAUGGAAACUUCUACCUGGCCAAGUACUAUGACAAAGUGAUGCCAAUGGUGACUGAUAACAAGCUGGAGAAACAGGGGAACCUCAUCCGAUACAUUGUCACAUACUUCGGAAAAGCCUUGCAGUUUGGAAACCAGUACAUCUAUCAGGCCAUGCCUCGCAUGUUGUCUCUCUGGCUGGAUUUUGGAGCCAAAGUAUGCGAGUGUGAGAAAGCUGGGCGAGCAGACAGACAGAUGCGACUGGAGCUGGGGAAAAUCAAUACGGCGGUGAGCGAGCACUGUGAAAACUUGGCACCGUACCAGUUCCUGACUGCCUUCUCCCAGCUCAUCUCCAGGGUGUGUCACUCCAGUGACGAGGUCUUCACCGUCCUCGUGACCAUCGUAGCCAAAGUGUUCCUGGCUUACCCCCAACAGGCCAUGUGGCUAAUGACUGCUGUCUCUAAGUCAUCCUACCCAAUGCGUAUGAAUCGCUGUAAUCAGAUCCUUAAGAAAGCCAUCAGUCUUAAACAGUCUCUGGAGAAAUUCAUUGGAGAUGCCAACAGACUGACUGACAAGCUGCUGGAGCUCUGCAACAAACCGGUGGAUGGUAACAGCACCACACUCAGUAUGAGCGUUCAUUUCAAGCAGCUAAAACGCCUGGUGGAGGAGCCGACCUUCAGCCAGAUCCUGAUCCCACUGCAGUCGGUCCUCAUCCCUACGCUGCCCUCUACUGGCGGGGCAAACACACAGCACGACGCCUUCCCUGGACACUGGGCAUACCUGGAUGGCUUUGAAGACAAUGUGGAGAUCUUGGCCUCCUUACAGAAGCCAAAAAAGAUAAGUCUGAAAGGUUCAGAUGGGCGGAGCUAUACCAUGAUGUGUAAACCUAAAGAUGACCUGAGGAAGGACUGCAGACUCAUGGAGUUCAACUGCCUCAUCAACAAGUGCCUACGUAAAGAUGCUGAGUCAAGACGGAGGGAGCUACAUAUCCGAACUUACGCCGUGAUUCCCCUCAACGAGGAGUGCGGCAUCAUUGAAUGGGUCAACAACACUGCCGGACUUCGACACAUUCUAACCAAGCUUUACAAGGAGAGAGGUAUCUACCUAUCAGGUAAAGAGCUCAGGAAACUUAUUCUACCAAAGACGGCUCCCUUUGAGGAGAAGCUACGAAUCCACAAGGAGGUGCUUUGUGCUCGACACGUCCCUGUCUUCCACGAGUGGUUCCUUCGGACCUUCCCUGACCCCACAUCAUGGUACAGCAGUCGCUCUGCGUACUGCCGCUCCACUGCUGUGAUGUCCAUGGUGGGCUACAUCCUGGGUCUGGGAGAUCGUCACGGAGAAAACAUCCUCUUUGACUCUUUCACUGGGGAAUGUGUUCAUGUUGACUUCAACUGCCUCUUCAACAAGGGGGAGACAUUUGAUGUGCCUGAGGUGGUUCCCUUCCGUCUGACCCAGAAUAUGGUCCACGCCAUGGGUCCGAUGGGCACUGAGGGUCUCUUCAGACAGGCCUGUGAGGUCACCCUGAGACUCAUGAGAGACCAGAGAGAACCACUCAUGAGUGUGCUUAAGACCUUCCUUCAUGACCCACUGGUGGAGUGGAGCAAGCAAGCCAAAGGACUUUGUAAAGCUCAGGCCAACGAGACAGGAGAGAUAGUUAAUGAAAAGGCUAAAACUCACGUGUGUGACAUCGAUCAGCGUCUGCAGGGUGUAAUAAAGAGCAGAAAUAAAGUGUUGGGUCUGCCUCUGUCUAUAGAGGGACACGUCCAUUACCUCAUACAGGAAGCCACAGACGACAAACUGCUUUGUCAGAUGUAUCUGGGCUGGGGGCCAUACCUGUGAAACAUGCACUUAAGUUGUUUUUUUUAAAUGAGAGGAAUGCAUUUUGAAGUCUAUUCUGGAGAAUAUAAGAUACUUUGCCGUGAUAAAAUACUUACACAAACAACCUUAAGUGUCCUGAUGUGGCUCAAAGUCAAACUGCUAAUAGGUUCAAAGAAAUAUAUGCACAUAAAGUAGUAAUAACAACACAAAAACCUUUCCUACACUCAUGACUGUUUGUUGAAAAUCUCUUUCUAAUGCCAUUUUUUUGUUCUAGUAAUUCCAUCAUUGUUUACAGUUUUCUAAAAACAAAUGAUAUUGGUUGCAUUCCUGUACAUUCUCUUGUAAUAAAGUAUGUUUUGCAUAUUU